AUGCGUCUACAGCAAGCUUUUCUCGUGGUGGUUGCCUCGCUCUUCGCCAGCGCUGUUGUCGCUCUUUCAGCGGCCACGGAGAUCGAACAAGCCAAGAGCUCCACGUUGCUUUCGAGCCAGUCGAUCGUCGUACAUGAGGGUGCUAAGGGGCGAUCUCUGCGGGCUGUUGACACGGAAGACGAGAGCUCUGAGCUUCGGGGCUGGUGGACGAGUGCGAAGGUGAGAUGGUGGCUUGAAUCGGAGAAGUCAGACGACUACGUCAAGGGGGCGCUGAAGCUGAAGGGACUGGAGGGAGAUGCCCUCUUAAACCACAAGAACUACAAGGCGUUCCAGUAUUUCCUCAAGAAGUCGGAGGAUUACAAGAUCAACAAGUGGUACAGGAAUGAGUACACCACGUACCAAGGCUGGCAGGAGCUGGGCCUCAAUAAAAAAAUCACCUUGGGGAAAGACCUGGACAAGAUCAGGAACACCGACGAGUUCAAAGUGUACAAGCACUAUGUCAACUACUUCGACAAAUUCGUCCUUAUCUCGCUGAAGGCGGGAGAUAAGCCACCUAAAUGGAUGGUCGCUAGGGGGCCCUCGGACGCGGAGAUGACGGCGAGGACGGAGAUCAUGGCCGAAGCAAGAAGACCCGCUAAGUACGCGAAACUGGCGUUGGGGUUGACGGAGACCACUGAUAAUUCGAAGUUGAAGCUGCUGACUGACAAAGCGCUCGAAGAAAGUUCGGAUUUCAAGUACUUCGUGCUCUUUCUGAAGAAAAAGGAACCAGUGCUUACCGAGGAACUGAAAAAGCUCGAGGCCAGGGUACUACCAAACCAAUUGCGGUCGAACAAGAGAUAUCAAGAGCUGCUGGAGGAAAUGGGGUGGGUCAAGAAAUACGUGACAGCCGCAAAUGCAGGUGGUGCCCCACGAGGAUAA